CAAGUACUUUUGGAUUACUCCGAUUCCAAACAAAUGUGGAUGGCGGCAACCUGCGGCCACCAACGGCUCUGAGCGUGUUCUCGGCGGAAUGCAUGGCGAAGUCUGCAGUGCGACAGGCGCUGCAUGAGUUCGGAACGCAAUAUCCCCGCAUGCUUUUUCAUGCACUCCGGAUUUUAGAAAAAAGUUCUUUUGGCAUGCAAUGCAACUCGGGGUGCUUCGCCAAGGAACACAGCGGGUUUCGGAAUUGGCCAACGGCGUCUUUAUUCGACACACGCCUCUCGAUUGCUAGCCUCCUCGCUUUCCUGUCCGCGCCAACGGACUGGAAUUCUGGGAGGCAUCGCUGUACAGGCCAGCCCGUCCCGCAAUGUUAAGCUUUCUGGCGCAUCCGGUGAGUUCUCCAGGAGGUUCUGUGGCCGACGGUGCUGCGAUUGCGGCGCCGGCUUCGACCUCGACGUCACCGGACUCGCAGGCAGCUGCUUCCACUUCUUGCGCGUCUCCCUCUGGAGUUCCUAGCUCAGACUGUCACAGGGCGAGCACUGUGCCUCCGUCUAUAGCGGAGUCUCCUUCAUCCUCUUCCCUCUCUCCCGCGUCACAGAUGUGUGGAGUUGCGUUCAACCCGGCCGACGACACGAACAGUGCAGGCGUCUCGAGUUCUGUUGCUUCUGACACUCUCCCCUUGGAAAGCGCGUCUGUUCCGUGUGCCGCGAUGGAGUCGGACCCGACCGCCGGCACUGCCGCGCUGGAGAGUGCAGUUCUCGCAGCAAGUGUCGGUACACCGCAAGCCCCUGCGGAAGACUUGAGUGUUCCAUCCAAAGUCCUCGCGAGUGAGGGGGCGAUUCUCUUCGACGGAGCUGCUGAAAAGGCCAACGCCACUCCUGCCGCGACUGAAAACAUGCCUGGUUUCUAUUCGGGUGUCCCCGACACCGCCAACCCCUGCGGCCCGGCUGGCGAGCCUGCGGAGACUUCUGCGGCGCCUCAAACCACAUCUUUGAACUCGACUUCUGCUCUUCUUUCGAUUUCCUCGGCAUUUCUUGGGGGCACAGCUUCUGACGACGCCACGAUGAAACAUGUCGCCGCUCUAGACCUUUCCGGAGGCCUGACGAAGCAUCAGGCCGCCGCAGCGAUGGCAGCCAUGGCCACCGCCGCCGGCGAGUGCUCAGAAGGCGUACUCGCGAGACUCGCAGCCGUCCUUCCCCUCUCUGCUGGUGCCGGCCGUGCUCCCGCCAAGGGCGCUGGUGCUCUACGAAGUGAUGCCGAAGCGCCUGCGGCCGCAGACGGGGCUGCUGUGACUGGCGGAGUCGUGGUCCAAGCAGGUACGGACGCAGCAGGUCAACCGAGCGGCGUAGCUUGCGAGGCAGGGAGCGCCCAACUCGUUGAGCCCUCUGGGGCCGGACACGCAGCCGCGCCUGUCGGCGGAACAGAGCAGGCUCCCCCAACAGCUUCGGUCUCCGAACUUCUUGAAAAUCUGGUGAAGGCGGAACACCAAGACGCAGACGCAGCGGCUGCUCUUGGCGCGGCGCUGAAACCACCGGGGGGCCUCGUGGUGCCGACCCUCGCCUACGGCGCGAAGAAAGUGGCCGACGCCGCCAAGGGCCGCCUGCUGACGGGUGCGGAACAAGAGGGCGCGGCGACUGCACCUGGAGCUCUCUCGACAGCGCAAGCUGCUUCUUCUUCUCUCGACGUCUUUCAGGGUGCGCCCGGAUCUGGAAUGACGGCGUUGUCUGCGGCGGCCUCCGUUGACGAAGCCACGGCGGCACAAGCGGCAGCUUCCCAGACUCAGGCCACACCGGACGCAGCAGCCUUGGGGCUGCAAGUCCCCGGAUCCUCUACACAUCCCGUCUCUUCUCUCCCUCCGACGUCUCUCGCCUCCUCGGGGCUUGUCGCUCCAGACGCGCCCGGCGCCAACUCCGGGGUCGCCGUAGCAGCCGAAGCCCCAGGAACGGAGUCGUCCAGUGUCGCUUCUGCAGGUGUUUCAAGCGGCGGCGUGAACGCGGAGACAAGUCCCGAGGCCGCGAGUCCUCUCUGCCAGGAGAACGCCGGGGUGUCGUGUUCGCAGGGCCCUCUGGGCGUCUUGACUGGCUUGAUGGCUGCUCCCCCAGCCGCGGGCGUGACCCCCGGGGACGCGACGGAGACAACGAGUGGCGGCGGAGCGGCAUCUGAGCCGGCAUCCGGGGCGGCUUUGGCUGGCGUCCCUGAGGGCGAGGAAGCUGGUGCAGGUGCCGCUGCCGCUGGUGCCGCCUCGCUCUCUGCUGGAGUCCUGGGGGCGACGGGCGCUGAUGGCCUCGUCGCGAGCCCCACGGCGGCUGCCGCGACUGCGGCCGGCAUGGGCUUCGCCAUGGACAAUGUGACAGCAGCGCUCCAGGCGGAGCAGAUGCAGCGCCUCCUGGCAGAGUUCGCGUCCUCCAGCGAUCCCUACACCGCAGCGGUGGCCAUGGGUGGCUUGGGCUGUCCCGGCUUGGGCGCUGUGGUCGCGGGCACCGCGGGGGCGGGAAGCAGCAGCAGCAGUGGGGUGGCCGGCGCCGGAGCCGCUGGACUCGGGGGCGACGUGGUUGUCUUGGACGAGCGACAGAGACAGCAGCAGCUCCUCAUUCCACACGAACACCAACUCGCCGCUCUCACCUAUCUCCAGAGCAUGGAAGGCAUGACUGAUGCAGUGAACGGUUCUCUUUGGAUGCCGGGGAUUCUCGGGAGCCGCCUCGGCGCAACUGGCUUCUUCCAUUCGCUCUACGACUUUGCGAACACGGCCCUCGCUGCUGCAGCGGUCGCGGCUCCCGCCGCUACAGCCGGGCGGGCCUGCGCCGGGGCGACACCCGAAGCGGCAACUGGCUCAGAGGUGGCCGACGCCGACGCCACAGGCGCCCUCGCGGCCUCCACUGGCCGCGCUAAUAGGCGCGGAAACCAAGGCGUAGGACGCGGGCGCGCGGCAGCGUCUGCUGGGGUCUCCGACGGUCUGGCCGCCCCUGGGGCAGUCUUGGGCGCGGCAACCGACGCCUUCACCCAGGGGGCUGCAGACCCGACAGUCGUCGCGGGAGCAGAUGCUGCCGCAGCCGCCGCCGCAGCUGCUGCUGCAGCCUGGGGAGUCUACGGAGGAAUCCCCUCUGCAUCUGGCGUCGUCGACGCUGCCCUUGGAGCCGAAGGAGCGGGAGAUGUCGGCGCUGCCGCCCCCCCGGUGAAACGAACCAGAGGCCGACCGCGCAAGCGCCCCGCAGAGAGUCCGGCAGUGGCGACGUCGAUGGUGAAGCAAGACCCAGGACAAGUUGGAGCGGUGACUCCUGCGCCUUCAGGUCUUGAAGAUCAGAAAGCUGGAAUUGUUCCAGGGGCUGAAGGAGCCGCAGGCGCAGCGGGCAGCCCUGGAGCUGCGGCCCUCCAGCGACCGCGACAGCAGGUGGGGACGACUUCUGCGCCGAAGAGGUAUCGCCGAGGCACCAACAACCCAGACAGUGGCUUCCCAGGCGUCUCCUGGAACAGUCGUAUGCAGGCCUGGCUCGCGUUCUACGUGGACAAGGAAGGGACGCGACGCAGCCACACCUUCAAGUGCAACAAAUUCGGAGGCAUCGAGACCGCCAGAGUGGAGGCAAUUGAUUGGUUGAUUCGGAAGCGCGGAGAGCUGCAGGCGGAGAGCGAGCAGCAGCGGCAGCAGGCGCAACUCCAGCAGGCACAGCAGGCGCAGCAGGCACAGCUUCAGGGAGCGCAGGCGCCUUCAACUCAUCAGCUUCAGGCACAGCUCCAACGGACGCAACAGUUGCAGCAGCUGCAGCAGCUUCCCUUCGCACAUCCAACACCUGACGGGCGCCUCAUGGGUUUGGGCGUCGGGCCAGACCAGCAGUCGGACCUGCAGCUGCAUCAGCUCCUUCAAGAGGAACUGUUGCUUCAGCAGCAGCAACAACUGUUGCUCCAACAGCAUGCAGAGCAGCAGCUGCACCAGCACCAGGGCGGCGCAGUGCUGUCGGCGCUGGAGGCGCUGCAGCCGACCGCCGACGCGCUCGUCUGCGCGAUCGGAGGCCUCGAGAAGGCCGCCGAGGAGUCCCUGGUCGCUCAGCACACCCAGGCCCAGGCGGGGGUGUCGUCGGCGGAAGACGCAGGGGACAAGGUUGCGGUCGCGGCGGGGGUUCUGGAGGCUCAGGACGAGGGGACGGACGCGCUGCAGGCUCAGGGUGAUUUGACCCAGGACGUCCAGUCGAUCAUUCAGGCCGCGGGAGAAGCUUCUCAUGAAGCGUGGGCUGGUGCGGCUGCAGCUGCGGGGACCGAGUUGGCGGGAGGUGAGGGCGGGAACGGCCUGGGCCUGGAGGUUUGCCCAGAGGGCGCAGUCCUCGUCCCCAGGCCGGUGAGUGGAACUGAGGAGUUUUUGCAGAAUGCAGAACUGGGAGAGACGGUCGGGGACAUUCUCGGCGGGGUUCUCGACUCUGCCGCUGUCGACCACUCGAGUGUGGCUCUGGGCGCCAGCGUAGAGGAGGUCGCGACUCUUGGGGCUGAGGGAGAGGUCCCCAUGAUGUUGGCGGAGGCUGGAGAGAAGCAAGAAGCAGAACCUGGUGCCACUGUUGUCGACGGCGCGCUCGGCCAGUGAAAGGACGGCGAGGCUGAGGUGGAGUUACGUUCACAGAGCCCCGCAUCCUCGGCCACAGCUUUGGAUAGGGGCUGGAGAUGUCGCAGAAUCAAAAAUCCGUGGCGGUAGUCCGAUUGCGACUGAAAGGUUUUUUUUGUGCGCGAAACCGAUCUUGACAUGCCAUUUCGACCGGCCUCUUUUACUCCGGGCCUUUUUCUGCGCCUCAGAAGAAAUCCAACGAGACUGCGGAAAACGUCAGGCAAAACGCCUGUGAUUUCCAUGUCGUUUGCGUGGCGGAGGGAGGGGUGCCGAGGGCCGCUUACGUUUGCUAAGCAAUUGAGAAACUGAAGAAACUUUUUCUCUGCUCGGGCGUGUGACUGGCGUGACGGUUUAACUCCCGUGUAGAAAUUGUGAGGGUUAUCUCAUGGAGCGAGAUGCGUCUCUUAAUUCUUCUGUAGCAACGCCCGUUGCUCUCUGUUCUUCUUACCUUCUGUUCCGCCUGCGAGGAGGUCCGCUGGUCAUCGAGAGUUGCGCUGCUUCCUCGACAACGUUCUACACUGGGUACAUCUUUUGCAGUUGUGGCGCGUGCAAACGUCCAUCCUGCUGUGUCUUUUAUGUCUUGCGCUUGGAGGAAACAGCAAUUGCACUGGAUUUCGAGAGUAGCUCGCAACCGUCUCAGUAGCAGUAGACUUUCCCAGUGGCCACCGGAGCACAGUGCAACGCGGGAGCGCGCGAAUAUCUCACUGGACUGUCUACUCCUUUCAGUUUACUCUCGCCUUCGACCUUUCUGACUUUAUUGUGGCUGUUCGCUUGCUUCUGAUUUCCUUAGGACGGGACAAAUCCUUCUGUCUGUUACCUGUGGUCUUCCUCGUGUCUUUCCCGGGAAAGUUUAGUCCUUUGUGGCACGUUCUCUGUUCAAGCUGGUGGACACACUCGAAGAAUGGAAAAGCGUGCUAUGGCAAUUUCAUUCAGGCGUAUUUCGCGAAGAAGCUGGAAGGCGUCUGUGUAACUCAUCGUCUGUGUGCAUUGCUUGCUGUGACAAUGCUGGUUUCGUGAGUGGAUUCAACACAGGCACUUUCCUCACAUAUCCGUUUGCUAUACAGAACUGGAAGGGUUUGGCCUUUCAGCUCUGCGAGAUGGCAUCGACCGACGCUUUGGUGUGACGUCUUUUUUCUCAGCUCGUGCCGGCUGAAAAUGAUGCUUUUCGAUGCGUGACUGGCUUGUCUUUUAAGUGUUUCUUUCACAUGACAGUGCGCCACGAGGAACAUCUUUUCUGGCUUGCGACUCUUCCGUAUGGCACACAGGGAGAUGUCUGCGCCUGUUCUCGGGCACCAUUCGUCACUGAUUCAGGGCUGUGUUUCACGUGCGGUUAGAUCCAGAUAGUGGUUCUUGUGUAAUAAAGACUUCAGGACUUCUCAUGAGCCUGGUUAGUAAGUUUGGCGUGUAUAUAGGUAGAUCGAAUUGGGGUGUGUACGGUGGUAGUAGACCAGGCGCCAUUCAGGCUUCACACAGUUGCGAACUAAAAACCACAUGCGGUGGCGAAACAAGGGCUCCCUUCCCUGCGCUCUUUUUCCACUUUUUGCAGUUUUCUGUGCACGUGCAAGUCAAGGAUUUUGUGUCGACCACUUUUUUCGGGCAUACAGCGGAAAAGUGGUUCGAAACGUGCCAAUUGAGGAAAUCGCGGGAUAGUACUCUUCAACUGAUGUGUCGAACAGACAACCUGGCGGCGAAUAAGUUCUGACCCCCAUCAUCGCGUGCAAAAGACUCUUGCAGAUCUCAAGCGACUUCACACAAAGCUGGACGGAUA